AUGCACCAACAGCCCGUCAAACCAAAGUGCUGCCUUCCGACUGCCCCUGCUCCAACCCCCACGGCCACCACCCCCCCCAUCGAUACUCAACAUCCCCGCGCCCCGCCACCGCCGAUCACCGCCAUCCGAAUCGUCCCUGCAGCAACCUUCGCGGCGACGAACAGCACCACAGCUCCCACUCUCGCCACCGACGGCCUGCCAAUCACAACUCCCACCCGUAUCACCUCCAGCUAUGUGGACGCAGUCCUAAUCUGUUCUCACUGA